CGGGCUGGACGCCAUCCAAGGCCACCACCACCCGCUUGUGCCGCUCAAUGGAGGACGGUCUGCUGGAGAUGAUGACCAAGGACGGCGGCGACAUGCCUGCGCCCCUGGAGGUGUCCACCGUUCCGGCCGUGGGGGACGUGAUCUCCGGGGAGUACAACGGCGGCAUGAAGGAGCUGAUGGAGCACCUGAAGGCCCAGCUGCAGGCCCUGUUUGAGGACGUGAGGGCCAUGCGAGGGGCCCUGGACGAGCAGGCCUCGCACAUCCAGGUGCUCUCGGACGACGUGUGCGCCAACCAACGGGCCAUCGUCUCCAUGUGCCAGAUUAUGACCACCGCGCCCCGCCAGGGCGCCUUGGGUGUGGUCGGUGGCAAAGGGAGCUUUCCCGAUGCCCCCCAAGAACCGGAGAGCCCUCCACCUGGGAUUGGGGACACCAGCUUGCUGGAUCACGAUCCGGAGGACGAGGAGGACGAAGAUGAAUUGGAGGAGAAAGAGAUGCCCAGCCUCCCCACACCCACGAGUCACUGUGAGCGCUCGGAGAGCCCCUGUGCUGAUCUCCUCGGGGAGGACGGGCCACUUGUGGAACCCCUCGAUCUGCCUGACAUUACGCUGCUGCAGCUGGAGGGUGAGGCGUGUCUGUGAGGG